CAUAAUUUUCCCGCGCAAAUCCAAUACUUCGGCUGCCGAAAUCCAAAACUCUUUCUCUCUCUUCAUGCAAAGAAGAACAAUUACCCAAUCCGCUCAAUUCCACAUCCUAAAUGAAUUUAUUCAGCAAAAAAACCUCCAUUAUCAAUGGCAUAGUAAAAUCUUCCUCCUCCAUGGAUUUAGACGAUACACAACUUCAAUUUCGAGCAAUUACAGAAAACGAACACGAAGAUCAACAGCAACAAGAUGAUACGGAUCAAUUUAUCAAAUUCAUUGAUUACGCAAGGACAAUUCUCUCUCCUUCACUUAACGAUGAAGAUGAAGAAGGCGAAGCGACUUCCGAUUCAGAGGAGAGAGAAAGAGAAGGGCCUGGAUGGAGUUGGAUAGCUUCUCGUGUACUCAAGACUUGUAUUUCUUAUUCCAGUGGUGUUACCUCCGCCAUUCUCUUAUCUGAACUCUCUCAGGCAUGGAGUGAACAGAGGAAAACUAGCGCGCCUAGGAAAAGGCCAGAUUGCAUUAACCAACUGAAGAAGAAGAACAAGAGAGCUAGGCUGCUGAGUACAGUCACAAUCGACACGAUUUAUGAGAAGAACUUUUUGUCUCUAAAUAGUGUUCUAGAAGCUGUAGUUGUUGAUACCUUUGUUCUUCCAGGCACCAACAUUUACAUGAUUACCCUGGGUGAUUUUUGGAGCUCAAAUACCAUUGAUCUUUAUCUCCAUAGAAGAUAUUAUGAUCUGGUAUCUCCUGCUAAUGGGAUAUUAAAGAAAGGGAGGGAAGUCUUUCUCACAGGCUGCUAUCUUCGAAGUGCUAAUGAAGGGUCUGUCAGUCCUCGACUUUUGCCAACAGAUUAUUUGGUCAUAUUGUUGGAUGAGGAGCAAGAUGAUGAUGCCAUGCUAUUAGGAGCUCAAUUUUGCACAGACUCCUUUUCCUCUGUUUCUUUGGAUGUUGCAAAUGAAGGGAUAUCCUUGUCGUUAUACGCUAGGAUUGAAUCCGUAGGGCCUCUUGAAAUACUGGAGAAGUUUGGUGGUACACAGAGGAAGCAGAUUAGGUUAGUUGAUAAUGAUAGCUCCAAGAUGAAUCUCCUCUUAUGGGGUGAGCAAGUUGUGCUGGCUAAUCUAUUUAGCGUUGGAAGUAUGCUUGCGAUUGAUCAACCAUUCAUUGCAAGUUCUUCAGAGAGUGAUGUUGAAACAAACGAAAGCAUUUGUCUCGAAUAUGGCAGUGCAACUCAGUUAUAUUUAGUUCCAUUUGUUGGCCAAGGGGAACAGGUAUGUGUAGGAUUGACGCCAAAUAGAUUGCGAGGAUCCAAGCUUGGAACAGCUUCUUGUCCUACUCAAGCUCCUAAAGCCUCUCAAAUGACCCUACCGUGUGACUCUCAAGGCUCUGUUGAUUUUAGUAAUUAUCCUUUCCAGUCUUUUAUAAGUGAUCUGCAUGAGAAGAUGACUGGCAUCAGCAUCUACGGUGUUGUUAUGGACAUGUCCAGAGAAGCAAAUACUACAAAACUUAUCUUUAGCAUGAGACUUCAAGACCUAACUGGAACUAUCUGCGUAAAGCUGCAUUUUUCUGAAUCUUGGUCUUUGGGGAGAUUAAGCCUUGGUCACACUGUGUACAUUUCUGGUUUGUCAUGCACCAAGAUGAAGCAUAAACGUUUAGAAGCACAAUGGUUUCAGAAUGAUCCUGGAACUUCCUUUGUAAACCUAAGUUGCUUGCCUGCAAUCCUGAACUCGUCCUGUCUUCACAAGCCAUCCUACCUAGUUGAUAUGUCAAGAGAGAACACCGGCACACAUAUUUGCAGAGUAUGGCUGGACCAAAUUGAACACUGUCAUGUUAACACAAGAUUAGCACACGUUGAUUGUGGUCAUUUUGUCAAGACAACUGCAUCUGGUUCUGUGGAAUGUGAGUUUUGCUGCUGCAGCUGUGAGAUGAUAACUAGGCGUGCUUUCCAUCUAAAAAUAACUGUGGCAGAUGAGAGUGGCAAAGUUUUUGCAUGGUGUACUGGUCAAACUGCCUCUGAAAUUCUGCAAAUAUCUCCAGAUGAAUUCUAUGAAUUGCCUGAGGAGGAUCAAGUUAUCUACCCGUGUUCUCUUGAGAAUGAAAGAUACAUGGUAGCAAUUAUACACUGUGGUCAGCAGGAAACCCUUUUCAAGGAACGUGUGACAGCGGAAAAUGACAUGAUCCCAUGGGAGAUCACCCGUGCCCUUAAAUUAUGAAGGUUCAACUUCUGAUUGUACAUUGAUCUUUAAAAUUUAGAAGUGUUGUCAGACAUUUUUUUAAACAUUCAACAAAUGCACAAAUAGCAUGUUUAUGUACCCAGAAUCAUGUAAAUUUCAAGGGAAACUCACUCAUGUUAUGACAAAAGUGAAUGGUGGCAAUGCUCUAUGUUUGAAAUAGAAAAGACGCCAUAUUCAUAUACCGAAGUUUUGUGA